CUGCUAAUCAUUCUCUUCCGAUUCCGGCGACGAUACCGGGGAAUGUUUUCCGAUGACGGUCUGAUUUCUUUAAAGAGAUAAGUUCAUGCUUUUGCAAGUCAUUAUCUAGGUGAAGAAUUAUCCUUUCUCUGAAGUGCAGUAUGAUUGCAUCAACUGCAAGGCAUGAGAGCUGAUUGCUUUGAAUUACCAAAAUCUUUAUAAAGAGCUGAAAAGCAGACUAUAUUCCAGCUGGUUUCCUUGUUGUGCACAAGAUGGCGUGUGAAGAAAUUCUGAAGGCUGUAUUCCCAUUUCUGGAGGGCACUGAACUGGCUACAUGUAUGAUAGUGUGCAAACAGUGGCGAGAUAUUGCACAAGAUGAUUAUUUCUGGAAAUGUCUUUGUUCUAAAAAAUGGCCAUCAAUUUGCAAACGGUCAUCACCUCCCACUGUAACAUACUAUAAUCUAUUUCAGAACUUUCAUAAGCGUCCAUACCGCCGGACUGUUCUCCCUCCAAAGCUUUCCUUCAGUGACUUAGAGUUCUACAUUGACAUAUGGACUGAAGAGAAAAUAAUAUUUUCAGAUGUGGUCCCAGGGCCUGUUCUUCAGAAGGGAGUCUGGAUCCCACCUCCUGGAAUCUGUGAUGUGCUUAGGUUCCACUUGGAAGGGCCUGAAUACAAGAUGACUCUACCUGUGGAACCAAGAUUUACAAUUCCUUUGUGCCAGACAGUCAGUGUCUCUGUGCUUGUUGGGCGCAAAGAUACAAAUAAAGUUGCAUGCAUUAUCAAGAAGUCCCUCUUUGAUUAUAUAGAUCGAACAGCAUAUCGGGCUUUAGCUUAUGACUAUCUUGACUUCUCCUCUCCUAUGUGCUUGUUUGUAUCGGGUGUUCGGGCAUGGAUAUCUUUGCUGUUCAUGGACCAUGGUAAAGAGGGGGCCCUUGAUGUUUUUGGGAUUGAGAUGGAUUUCUGUGAUGCUGCCAAUUCUGAAGACGAGGUCCUUUGGCUUCUAGACAUGCUGGAGUGGAAGUAAGUACAGUGACUUCCAGAUAUCUGUGAGGUGGCCAGUCGCCUAAGUUGUAGUAUGUCCACUUUGGCCAAAACUUGUACAUAGUUAUGCUGCUAGAGUGAACGACCAUUUAAGUUGUGUACUAAGCCGAAUUCCAACUUAAAAGUUAUUUGUCUGAAGUACAGUUCUAGUUUUGUCGUUGGAAGACUCACAAUAAGAUACUCGUAUAUCAUUUCAUGUAUUAAUUAUCUAUGACUUAUGCUGCAAAACCUGUUCAUCUUUUUCACUCUUCUCUGAUGCAGACUCUUUUAAUAUCAAAGUUGAUUUAGAUU